AUGUCUUCCAAUCGCGAAUCAGACAUGUCUCACCUUGCUGCUGGCACUCCUGUCGCCAGCCCGCGCACCCCAGGGGGACUCCAGGUUCCUGGACGUCCGCCAUUCCGCCUACCAACGCCGCAAGGCUAUCCGCCUGGAUGGAACUCGCCUUUCCCCCAAGGCUCUGCUUGGGACACCCCACGCUUUGAUAUUGGCACUCCGGCACCAGGCCUGAGGGCCUCCAGAGGUGGAUCAGCCCCCCCAGCAGACCAGGGCGCGACAGUCAACUUCACUCCUCUCGCAGCUCCAGCCUCUACGCCGAGCGAAUUCCCAUCAGGCUCUGUUUGGAACACUCCACGCUUUGAUAUUGGCACUCCGGCACCAGGCCUGAGGGCCUCCAGAGGUGGAUCAGCACCCCCAGCAGACCAGGGCGUGUCAGUCAACUUCACGCCUCUCGCAGCUCCAGCCUCUACGCCGAGCGGAUUUCCGUCAGGCUCUAUUUGGGACACACUACGCUUUGAGGCUGACACUCCUGUCGCCGUCCGGAAGCCCCUCGCACCCGUAGUAGCACCCCCAAAGACUGUAAGGCGCACCGCUGGUCUGAGAGCUCGCCAGGACUCCACUCCCUUCGUGAAGAGAAAGGGACUCCGCAGCAGCGCGAUCAUGUCUUUCGCACCUAACGGCAUUUACAUGCUAGACCUACCUGGAUUCGCUUCUAAGCAUCCUUCCUUGACCACUCCCCAAGUCGAUCGAAUCACCUUUCACAUCUCCGAGAAUGGCGCCAUCUACUGGGGCGCUCUCACCGCUGACGACGGCACUGUCGAAGUCUCCUUGAUGAUCCAGCGUCUCCCAAUUGAGAAACGCCCGACCUUCAGCUUCACAUGGUGCGGCCAACGUGAGAACUCCCGAGCUCUCAUCGGACCUACCUGCACCGGAGUCUUUCACUUCGAAGGCGAGAACACCAUCGUGGGACAUUUCAAGUCGCUCUACGAUUUCCGCACUGAAUUUAUCGGCCACCGCAACAAAACCAACAUCAUCGCUCCUCUUGCUGCUGCAAAGAUUAAAGAACAUUGGACAGCUUGCCAUGAACGUCUCGCCAGCAUUACGAAUAUUGAAGAAAAGUACGCGAAAGAACAGACUGAAGAUGAAUUACUCGCCUCAUUCGUCGCCGGCGACAGCUUCAUCGAGCACGUUGACCUCGACUGGGCAGAGAAACUCCCCAUGCUCCAACAGACUCGCUCCUAUUACCUUUCCACCUCUCACAACAUCAACAAGCUCAAGUUCGACUCCAUCCAGCCCCAACACCUUGCCCUUGAAGAUCUCACACUCUGCCGAGACGAAGACGGAACAAUGUGGGGCUCGUUCAAGAUCCAGAACACGAAAGGCGUCCUACGAUUCGACCAAUUCGCAUACCCGCUUGAACCCAGACUGCCCCCGACAUAUCAAUUCGAGUGGUACGGCAUCGAGACUGUUGGCGACAUCCAAACCGCAUCGCAGCGCUCCGUACGUCGUGGAACCGGCUUCAUAACCUUCGAGAACUUCUGCGAAUCUACGAUCCACGGCCGCUUCAAUCCUCCAGAGGGCGCCAACCUAGACUCGUUCUCUUCGUCCGGUGGCCUGGCGGACGCCGGCUUCUGGAACGCUUCGUGGCAGCAACCGUACGACUAUUACGGCUAUGUCAACGACGCGAAAUCAGACCUACUUGACGAUCAAUCGGCCGGACGUCGCAUUUCACGCUCAAUCCCGUCGAUGAAGGGGGAGUGGGCCGAGAUUCGGGCCCUGUGGGGGGUGGGUGCUGGGGAGGUAGAUGGGGGUGCGGAGUCCCCUUGGGGUCUUCGCACCCUCAGAACUGGAGAGACGUUGCCGGAGGGCGCGUUUGGGACGGCGGCGGCGGAGGCUUUGAUCGCCUCGUGGACGUACGAGGAGGAUUCCGAGGGGGGGAAGGAAUCUUCCUCGUCCGUCCACGGGGCGGCGAGCAAGAAGAGGUCGCGGGAGGAGGAGGAGGGGGAGGCAGAGGGGGAAGAGGAGGGUAGUUCCGGGGGAAAGAAGAAGAAGAAGAAGAAGCAGAAUCAUGUCCGCUUUGCGGACGUAGAGGGGGGCGAGCCGGCCACAACUACUCGAAAGAGUGGCAGGAAGAGGACCCCAACUACCCGAUAUACGGACUAA